AUGAAGAGCCUCAUGCCCCUCGCCCUCUCACCCUCGUGCUCCAGCCUGUGGAGUGCCUCGUCCGCCGAGGAGCCCGUCGGGGAGCGCGUCGACGACUACUUUCCCGAGUUGCUGGCCCGCGAUCUCGAGCUCUCGGCCCGUGUCUUUGCCUCCAAGCGCAUGACGGCAGGCACUCCCAUCUCCACCCUGUCCUCCGAGGACCGUGAACGACACAGGUCCUGCAGGAUGGUACCCUCGUUGCCCUACCUCGCCGCCUCCGCCCGCGUGCAGUCCCUGGGCCCCAUUGAGGAGAGAACCUCGAGGGUCUCGUUCCUCAACCCACAGGGACUCUCGCGCCUCGAUGACAAUGCGUCCGACCUAGAUUCGAGGUCGACCGCUCAGGCCUCGGACUACACCGGGCCCCCGUCGAUUCGGCCCCGGGAAUCCGUCAUGACCAUGGCUACCUCGCUGGCAUCGACAAACUGGAAGACGUCGCUCAAGAGCCCCCCGCCGUCGGAUGGGCUGCUUGAGAGCAGCUGGAUCGACGGGGAUUCGGAUGGCGAGGACCAGGACGAUGACCUGAAUCACGGCAACAUGGACCCCAUGGCCCCGCGGCCACCCACCCCGCCUGAAUCGGACCGCGCCUCGGGCGUGCCCGCCGUCAAGAUUGACGUGCGAGGCCACUGGGGGUACAACGAAACCCCCUUACACCGCAAGUCGCACUCGGUCAGCGGCGGCUCCCCCGUGGCGGCUCGAAGGAAACUGUCGGGGGGCUCGUUGGACGUACCGCUGAGACCGGCCUCGACCGCCGGAGUCCGAGGACUUGAAGGCCGUGAACCCCGGGAGUCCAGCCAGGCGCCAAACCCCGUGAUCGCACGCAAGCUUUUCCCUUCCAGCGAGGAAGAAGUUCGCUCGCAUCGCCCCAGGAGGAGUACCGGCGUUUCGCAAAGGACCCGGAAAAAAGCCCUCCACAUCAACCUCGUUGCCGAGCCAUCACCCGUCAGCGACGAAUUUCCCGACCGUCAAGACGAUAUCACGCCGCCUCCUGCCCUGCAGGCAUACCCGCCCCCGAACAGCAACAUGGACCCUCAAUCGCAUCUCCCCCGGCCGGCUCUCCGGAACGUGCAGUCGUGGCUCAACGGCAGUCUACAGCCCUACCCCCGCUCACUCCAGAGUGAGGACCUGACAAAGGUGGUGCCGCUGCCGCCGGACGCAAUGGAGACGCUGCGCGUGUCGAUUGCGUGCUUCCCGGAAACCAUGCUUCUCUCUUCGAGCCUGACCAUCGAGACGAUUCGGACUUACUCGAGAAAGGUGCGGCAGCCGAGCAUCGAGCUCCUCAGGAACCUGCCGGUCCGAAGCCCCUCGCCAGAAAGCCCUACUCAGCCUGGCCGGAAGUCGCUGUGGCGCAAAGUCGUGCCCUACCGGAAGGGAUGCGACGCGCCGGAGCCCAAGCAGCGAUACCAGCACUCGGGAGCCAACAGCGUCGACUCGACCACCUCUUGCUCCGUCUCUCCGCCCAAGCCGUGGGAGCCGCUCAAGCACGUCUUUGGCUGCUGCUCCGACUAUAUCUGUGACGCGCUGUACGCACACAUUCUGGCAUACAACUACGUCUCCGCUUUGGUUGCCCGUAACCCGCAAGCCGCUGCCAAGGCUGGCCGAGGCUUCGCGAAUGCGCCCCAUGACUCUCAACAGGAGGACAUUCCCAAAAAGGCGGCGUCGCUCCUCGGCCUGGCGGGUGCAGGCGGUGCGGCCGCGGCAGGCUUUAGUCGAUUGACCAGGCGGCUUGCCACGCCUCUGGGCUCGUGGACCAAGGAAGAGAUGAUCACGAGCCAGCCCACGGCGGCUGCGAACCACGAGAACAUGCAGCACGAUCUGCUGCGAUGCAUCUCCCGGCUGGUGGCCACGGCCAAGCUCGUGGCCGAGGGCGGCGCGGGAGACGAGACGAUGAUCAACACAGACGUGGAAGACACGGACAUAUUUUUCGUCCGGAGCCUGUGCGAGAUUGUGAGGAUAGCUGAAGAAGCAUCCUGA